GUUUCCUGCUCAGACUGCAGCCAGGUGGAUGCUGCUGCUGAUGCUUCGGAAACGCUAGCUUGUUUUGGGCGAUGAUGAGGCGGGGAAGCAUUGUUUAAAACAAGUGUAAUUUGCGUGAUUCUCGGCAGGUUUAUUAUCAGCGUACAGCGUUUUUGUGCAGAAAUGACGACCACCACGACGUUUCAAGGGAUGGAGCCCGGUUCUAAAAGCAGUUCCAGGGUUCUGCGCCCUCCUGGUGGCGGCUCCAACAUUUCACUUGGGGCAGAUGAGGAGAAGCCUCCCGUCAGGAAAAACAAGAUGGCCUCCAGUGUGUUUGCAGAGCCAGAAGACCCUUACGCCAAUCGAAGGAACAACCCACCAGGAGGUAAACCCACAGGUGUUCUGUGCGGAGAGCCGUCGGCACCCCUGAGAAGAGGCAUCAACCACGGCGUCAAUCACGUUGGAGAGGCUCCUGCCACAGAUGGCGAUAAAUCUGUGUGUGAUAAUGAAACCAUCGCUGCCGAACCAAACGCGGCUCCAGAGCAGCAGCAGGAGGAGCCACCGCAGGCCGAGGAGGCCGCUGCAGGCGGGCCGCCCGGCCGCCGGAACCCGCCGGGGGGCAAGUCCAGCCUGAUCCUGGGCUGAGCGCCACACGGGCGUCUCCUCCUUACCUCCUCUCUCAUCCCUGAACUCAUCUGUUUUGUUUUCUCUUCAAAACGAGAAUCGGCUCAUUCUUCAGGAACCAUCUAAAGUCCAGCAGACACCCACCUCCUCCUCCUCCAUGUCCCCAAGUGCAUUGUUUUGAUACCUGUUUUUGGAAAGCUGUUUUUGUACUGUUUUUAUUGUUUAUUUUGAGAGAAGCACUUUAUGUACUCCUAUUUUUUAUGGUUGGAAGCCGACCUUUGCCCCUGAAUUAGAGCAGCCACGAGGGGUGCGAGGCUCCCAUUUCAUAAAACAGCCCGUCAUAAAGCUCCAUGACUUCAGCAGCACAAGCCCCGGGGCGAUUAGGUCAAAUGUUUGAAGAACACGUUAAUAAACUGCUGUUUGUACUGUUUGCUUUUUUUUUUUUUUUCCUCCCAUCUUGCAUGCUUGUCUGGAUUGUAUGAAUGUGAGGAAAAUGUUACUGUGAAGAUUUUUAAUAUUAAUUUAAGAUCUUAGGUUUUUUUGUUUUGUUUUUUAAUUAGUGAAAUAUUUGUUUGUAUGGUUGUUGCAUGAAGUUGAAGUCUUUGUACUGAAUGUAGUAUUAAUACCACACCGAAGCCACAUCCAUUUUUAGCCUAAAAGACGUAGGAGGUACUUGUCAUCCCAUGUGUGAAAACAGCAUUUCUUUUUUUUUUUUUUUUUUUUUAAAUUGCAGCCCACUAACCUUAGAUUAUCGUAGCCCCACCGCUUCAUGCUUCACACGUCGGUUCUCUCCGAACUGUGCCACGCCGUUAGUUAGCUGGAAACAACCCACAUCAGUAGAUGUUCUUGGUCCUGACUUCUAAGUGGGUCUUAGAUUUGAAAAGUGACCUUAUGACAGCCCAGCCUUCCUUUCACCCCCCAACCCUCCGCCCUCCCAGAGUUUCCAUUGUUCCUGCUCGGUUACAGUUCAGAACAAUCGUUUUGUACAUUUCAUAUGAAGUAUUCGGUCCGUACCUUACCGCCCGCUGCGUCCACCAGCCGUCAUUCAAGGAAGAAAGGAUAACCGAACGUUUUUAGAUACAUGAAGUUUUUUUUUUGGUUUCUCCUGUGAUGUGUCUUCGUUAUGUGGAACAUGUCUGUUUGCAUCCAUUAAACCAACUGCUCAUGCUGGGUGUAAGUCACUGCUGAAAUCUGAAAUGAAGAAAUGGCACAAGUGGAACUGGACAUUAAAGAUCAGUUUUGACCAUG